AUGAGUGCUGUGCAUCCGCUAGAAAAUCAUGUCUCACUUUCGCAACUCGACGAUGGGGCGGCUAAAGCGAGCGCGGACGCAGUGGCACCUCUUGAGGACGUUACGUACAUCCCGAAGACGGAUAUCACGAGGCUCGAGGAGUUCAACCUCUUCCAGUGCGCGAGAAAUGGCGACUUCGAGGGAGCCAAGAAUCUGCUCGGUAAUCCAAAGGUGAAGGCGUCCAUUAACAACAAUGACGCAGAUGGACUUACGCCGCUCCACCUGGCGGCCAGGUACAACUACUUCGAACUGGUCAAGCUGCUAGUGGAGAACGGUGCCGAAGUCGACACCGAGGACAAUGAGCGCAUGACGCCCCUCAUGUACGCGUGUCGCCUGAAGCGGAAGCGGACGAAAUCCCGGGAGAGCAUGGCUAAGUUGUCAUUAUUGGACUCGCCGAAGUUUUCAACAAGCAUGACGAUGAUGGACAUUCUCGGCGGCAAGAAGAUCGACACGGAUGCUCAGGCGAUCCACUUCCUGAUAUCUCAUGGCGCAAACGUGGCGCACAAGGACGCCUACCACAUGACGCCGUUGCACCACGCGGCGCUGCGAGGCGACGAGGUCGCGUGCGAACAACUCCUAAUAUACGCCAAGCAAGGCGUUAACGUUAACGCCCAGGAUGUGCAACGCAUGUCUCCACUCCACACCGCCGUGUGCCAGUCGCAUUCCGACAUAGUCCGGCAGCUCCUGAAGGCCGGUGCCGACGCGAGGAGCAAAGACGAGGACCUCUCCACGCCCUUGCAUGAGGCCGCCACCAUAGGCAACACUAUAAUUGGCAGCCUCAUCUUUGACAAUUGCGUUUUAGCAGACGGAACACCUGACGUCGACAAAGAGAAUCUCCUGCUUCUUGACAAGGACGAAGACGGAAAUACGCCAUUUGUGUUGGCGGUUGGUGCGGGGAAAACGAAAUUUAUACAGUUCCUUAUCAAAAAAGGCGCCGACAUCAACGUUUCCAACAAUAUGCGUAUGACGCCACUCCACCUUGCGGCAAUUGACGGCGACGUGCAAAUCAUGGAGAUUCUCGUGGAAAAGGGCGCGAAAAUUGACGUCAUGAACCAGGAGCAACAGACGCCGCUGCACAAGGCCUGUACCCAUAACAGCGUCGCCUGCAUCGAGUACCUGCUCAAGAAAGGUGCAAACAAAGAGGCCAAGGACUUUGAAAACUUCACCCCUCUGGCCCUGGCGGUAGUGCACGGACAUGUGCGCGUCGUGCAGAUGCUGCUGGCAGCCGGAUCUGACGUCACAGUGGAGGACAAGAACGACAGCACGCUGGUGUUCCUGGCCGCCGAGGAGAAUAAGCUCGACGUGUUAAAGGUUCUAAUGACAACCCCGAAGAUAAAGGAGCUGAUAAACCAUCGAGACGAAUGGAACAACUCUCCCCUGCACGUGGCAUCCCAGAACGGUCAUGUGAACGUCGUCAAGUUCUUGAUAGAAAAUGGGGCAAUGGUGACCUUGAAAAACGACCGUGAGCAGACUCCGAUACACCUGGCAGCCAUAAAAGGAUACGUUGGCGUUGUCCAGGCGAUUGUUGCCCACGACAAGACAACGCUUAACGACCAUGAUGAGAACUCUGACACGGCCCUCCACCUGGCGGCCUCUAACGGUCACGUUCAGCUCGUUCACGUUCUUCUGACGUUGGGCGCGAACCACGAAAUCAUGAAUAGCAAUCUACAGACACCCAUCGCGGCGGCGGCGGCCAACGGUCACCUGAAGGUCGUCGAGCUUCUGGUUAGAGCGGGCGCCUUCAUUGACAUUCCUGAUAAACUUGGACUAACGCCCCUAUUGUUGGCGUCAAUGAACGGCCACUUUAACGUCGUGGAAUACCUUCUGGAGAGGCAAGCUGAUGUGACUCUCACUGACAAGCAGGGCUUGAAUUGCCUGGACCUGGCAGUGAAGUAUGAUCAACAAGAAGUUGUGAUGGAUAUUCUGAAGUCUGACGUCUGGGAGAACGCCCUCCGCAACACAACCAUAGAGAACGGCUGCGUGUGCACACCGCUCAGACGUCUCAUCAGGAAAAUGCCAGAGGCGGCCGAAAAAGUGUUUGACAACUGCAUCACGUCCAAGAAGGUCGACGGUGGCCCGAAUGAGAAAGCUGAGAUGUUCGAGGUCAAGUACAACUUCGAGUUUCUUGAUGACCUCUACAGCAUCACCCAUUGGAAAGAAAAAAAGAAACGAAAGAGAGGCGAGCCGAUCAUUAACUGCUGUUACUCAGGGUUUUCGUUCUUGUCGAUUCUGCCACCGUGA